AUGGGCGCCACACUUUGUGCACCAAAAAAGAAGAAGACACAAGUUGGAUCUUCUUGGGUUGGAAACGAAUCGGAGAAUCCGUUCGAAGUGUCGCUGAACAAAAAGGAGCGAACACUGUUGAGAGAAACGUUUCAGAGGCUUGAUGAGCCGAAAGAAAUCGUUGGAGCAAUUUUUGUAGAUAUUGUGAACGAUGUAGAACCGGAGCUUAAAAAGGUAUUCGGCGUCGAUCGCGCGCCGCGCGCGGUGAUGCUCAAAAUGCCGAAAUUCGGCGGCCACGUGGCGCGCUUCACCGACCUCAUCGAUCAGCUGAUGUCGAUGCUCGGCUUCACCGAGAAUCUCACCGGCGCGUGGCAACUCGUCCGCAAAACCGGUCGUAGUCACGUGAAGCAGACGUACCUCGAGCAGAACCAGAAUCAAUUGGAGAAGAAUUAUUUCGAGAUUGUGCUCAACAUUUUCAUCGAGCGGUUUAUUCCAUUUCUUACGGGUGAACAGGAGCUACCGCAGGCCGACGGCACCGAGCAGAAGAAGGUGCGAUUCGCGCAGAGCUACGCGCCAUCGCAAAUCCACGACGUCUGGAAGAGAUUUCUUCAAAUUGUCAUCGCUCAAAUGACGGACUCGUUCGAAUUGGAGCGCGCCAAACAGCGGAAUGCUCAAAGUCAAAAGGCGCUCGCUCCUCAUCAGCACAUCGAGCAAAGCGAACGAAAAAAGAAAAGGAUACAGGAAAAGCAGAGCGAAAUCGACAACACGGCGAUAUCGAAUGAGCCGAAAGAGCAGGAGCAAAUGUUCGAGGACCCAUUCUGA